CCUCGCCAGCCAGCAGUAAGCGGUGCGCACGCCAAGACAGAUCUGUAGACCGCAAGCUAGAGAAAGGACGGCGACAAGAAAGGGGCUGAAUCCAGAAAAAAAGGGUGGCAAGAAGACGGGUGAGACUAAAUGUGGAGUCUUUAACGUGGUCGGGGAGAGACAAUUGGCUUGUUCGGCGCGAGAAGAUAUCUUGCUUUUUUCCCUCCCCAUUUUGCUCGUUUCUGACAUUACCGCCGACCAAGAGUGCGCUCACCGAGCCACAUUUCUAAGAGAGCUAGCGGAAUGUGUUGCUAGCGAGCUAGCUAACGUUAGCUAGCUAAUUAGCUUGUCAGCCAUCCAAGACUUGGACUUGCGUCCUUUAUUCGGAGAGGCAACGAUUUAACGUCAUCCCGUUGUCUGGUUGUUACAGCAAUAAGCCAUAUUUCGUGCGCUUUGGGCAGAAGCCUCUCAUGGUCACGAUGGUCUGUCUGGAAUAGUAAACGUCAAGUUAGACAAUUAACAAUAUCACGAGCCGCGGGUGUUGAUGAAUUGCGAAAGACCAGUUCUACGUAAUUAGCCGUUUACGCGUCCGAGGGAUAGCCUCAAACCCGCGGCGAGAUACCCGAGCCGGGGACGAAUCGAAGGAGAAAGAGGGAAAGGUGGAGAAACAAGAGGACUUUCGAGUGGAGACCGUCUGCCGUCCAAUGUUAAUGUCGACCGACGUUGCAUCCAUAAUGCUACCCGUUACUCGGGGAAUCAUGGACAGGGAAAGGGACGUUGACACAGCGGCCGGACCCCACGCAAACGCCCCCGGGGGUCCGGCGGCUGUUCGAGGGAUGAAACGAGGAGACCCGGAGCCCGACGCUCAAACAGCGGCAGUUCUGACCGAUUUAGCCGGGGCGGAGUGCAAACGACCGAGGAUAGACGGGACCGGGGUUGUCGUUGGUGACAUUGGACAGAACAACGAGCCUUUAAAUCCCGGUUUCCAUGGAUACCCGCCUCACAGUCAGGGUUCUCAGGAUUCGACGGGAGGACAGGAAGGCUUGGUUGCCCCACCCUUUGCAGCGUUCCCCCCUCCACCACCUCCACAGAAUGGACUGCCGGGGACAGAGUUUGGCCCCGGGCCCCUAUUUGGUACUGGGGGCCAAGGAGCAACAGAGGCAGGGGCUGGCUCUAAUGGAGCAGCUGCCACCACCAGCAACAACGGAAAGACAGAGGAGGCAUCUCAGGCUGAGUGUGUUUCGGGGGGAACAGGAGCAGGAGGAGGAGGAGGAGGGUCCGGGGGAGAAUCCACAGAAGCCAAGGGCACCCCCAAACGCCUGCACGUCUCCAACAUCCCUUUCCGCUUCCGGGACCCCGAUCUCAGGCAGAUGUUUGGGCAAUUUGGGAAGAUUUUGGAUGUAGAGAUCAUAUUCAAUGAGAGGGGUUCCAAGGGCUUUGGCUUUGUGACAUUUGAGACCAGCGCUGAUGCAGAGAAAGCUCGGGAAAGACUGCACGGCACACUGGUGGAAGGUCGUAAGAUUGAGGUUAAUAAUGCCACCGCCCGGGUUAUGACCAACAAGAAAAUGGUCAGCCCCUACCCUAACGGAGAAGCCCUCAGCACACUGCCCUAUGCAGGAUGGAAGUUGAGCCCUAUGGUGGGGGCCAUGUACGGACCAGAGCUCUAUGCAGUUCCAGGUUUCCCCUACCCAUCAGCGGCGGCGGCUGCAACCACAGCAGCAGCAGCGUUCCGUGGCGCCCACCUCAGGGGGCGGGGCCGGCCUGUCUACAGCGCAGUGCGGGCUGCAGUGCCCCAGCCUGCGAUUCCUGCCUACCCUGGUGUGGUGUAUCAAGAUGGGUUUUAUGGAGCUGCUGACUUAUACGGAGGGUACCCCGCUGCUGCUGCUGCGGCCGCCUAUCGCUAUGCUCAGCCUGCGGCUGUAACCGGAGCAACAGCUGCUGCCGCUGCCUACAGUGACAGUUACGGCCGGGUAUACACUACAGACCCAUACCAUGCUUUAGCCCCAGCUGCUGCUGCGUACGGAGUGGGAGCCAUGGCUGGUUUAUACCGGGCGGGAUACAGCAGGUUUGCUCCUUACUAAAACCACAAAUCCACGCCCAAGGAAUUCCACGUGGCUCUGUACCCUUUCUAAACUCUUUGUUUGCCAGGAGCAUCCCUCCAUUUUAACUGCGGACCAGCGAUGCUGAGACAACCCAUCUUUUUAUUGUCUUUGUUUUCUUUUUCUUUUCGUUUUUUUUUCCUUUCCUUUUUUGGUGGAGGAGAGCGAGGUCAUUGCCACAUCAUCAACUCAAACCAAGUUUCUGUACUGUCUUGUCAGCGACGCAGACCCGAUGAGAGCCAGUGAAAUCUUCAACAACAAAAAAGCUGGUGAACACUACUUUAUUAUGACUCAUUCAAGUACCAAGUACGGGACACAAUCUAGGACAGUUACGUUAAGAAGCACUACAGCGUACAGAAGGGAGAGAGACUGCUGUUUAUCCAUGUGAUCCUUCCUACACUUCAAAAACCUGCUCUGUUGAAGUCAUGUGAUCCUUACUACACACUACGAAAACCUGCUCUGUUGAGUCACGACCAUGUGCAACCUGUUCACACCUGUGUACAUAGGGUUGUAUGACGGCACCUAAUCUACAGUUUUUGGCGAUGUUUUUUCAAAGCUGUCGGCCUGCACAGAUUAACAGGACUUCCAUGGCACAACAUCACUACCCCCCUACCCCCCAAAAAAGGUACAGAUGGUUUUUUUUUGUUUUGUUAGUUUGUUAAUUCUAUGACAGUAGAGACGUAACGAUGAAACAGCAGAGCAACUUUAGACCGCUGGAUGUGGAGGAAAUAGAACUUUUUUUUCUUUUCUUUUUAAUGUUGGAAGACAGCGUUCAGCUGGCCCUGCAGGAGACUCCUUCUCUCUACUUAAGAAUUGUGGAAAGCCGCCAUUACCUGGUAACAGACCUGUCAUCAACAUGGCAUGCAGGAAAUCCAUUUUUUUCUUUAUUUCCCCAACAUCUCACACCUUCCGAACCCAAUUGUAAAAGGAAACAAGAAAACAAAAAAACAAAAAAAAUGUCAGUCUACAAAAAAAGUGUAAAAAUGACAAGGAAAAAAAACAAGUGACUUGUUUUUCUGCAUUACCUCAGUUUCUUUUUUUUUCUUCUUUUUUUUUUUGCUGUCUUAAAAUAAUUUGCUUGAAAAUGUCUAUAAUGAAUGAUAACAUGGACGCAAUGUAAUGGUCCAUAGUUAUAAAUGACAUUGUCCAUAUUUUCAAACUCUUAUUGCUGGUCUGUAAGUAUGACUUUUAUUACAGUUAUCACAGCUACAGUUAUAACACUAAAACGGAGGGUUCUGGUCUGUUUGUACGAAUUUCUGAUAUGAAUUUGUCUUUACUUUCUCCCUCCUGUGAACCCACUACACCUCAGCUCACACUUUAUGAAUUAUCUCCAGUCCCUUAUCUGCCCGUACUGUUUGGCUAAAGGGGCUCGAACACAUUUCCUUCUUUCUACCAGACUGUCAGACAUUCCAGAUGUGGCAGAAGGCCUGCAAACUGAAUGGGUCAGAUGGAGAGGAACUCAUGGAAUGUGAAAAGGACUCAUUUUGAUAAAAAUAGGUUUGAAACCAGGAACGCCAGUGCGGUGAAGCUGAUCUCCUACCAAUCUUGCUUGAAUUUUGUGGACCUGCAAGUUUCAGGCAGAGCUGUCGUAUAUCAGCCCUGCACAUGGUCGUGUGCCAGACUUGAGCUCGACAAAACAUCGGAUCCCAGUAGAGCCCAAUAACAUUAGGAGACGUCAGCAAUAGUAAACACUGUUGUCCGGCGAGGACAUCUUUAGUCCCAAGAACCACAAGUAUUUUCUCUUUUGUGUUGAGUUUUCUCAGUUUCAGUAGUAACCAAACUCCAUCGUGACCCGUGAAACUAUUUGAGAAUGUUCUAGGCAGUCUGGGAUUGUUUCAAAGUCCUUUUAGCCCCUUUUCGAAGGUAGAGCAAAGGGGCUGGGACGCAAACUAUGUAUAGACCAAGUUUCUGUCCCAUUUACUAUAAUUCCAUAUACUCUCACUAUGUUAUUCUUUUCAUUUUUUUUGGUUCCAAAGAUUUUCUGAAAAAAAAAAAGAAAGCACAUUUUUGGUAAACAUGUAUUAGAUAUUUUCAUGUUUUGAUUUUGUUUUGUGUUUUUAUUUUAGUGCUUGUUAUAAAUACACACACACACAUAUAUAUAUAAUAUAUAUGUAUGUAUGUAUGUAUGUAUACAUAUAUUUUAAUAUGUAGGUUAAAGCUGUAUUAUUCCAGUUCGCCUCAGCAAGGUGUUUGAAAGGUGCCGUCAGAAACUGAAUUUGGAGCAGGAUUUAAAGAGCGCCGGGAAAAAGAUGUCUGUAGCAUGUAGCAACGAAUUCAAGUCCCAAACUACAAAUGAAAUGACUGAAAUGUCCAUUUAAGCCCACUAAAUGGAUCCAUUGGCUUUUUAUGCGUGCUGGUGCUGCAGACCAGGGAGGUGACAGCAGUGGACUGCAGCACGCCUACUGGGUUGCGUCAAAAGCGCAGGAGUUGCGAGGGACACGGAGGAAGUUGGGAGGUGGAUGGGAAGUUGCAUUUCCCCCGCAGGGCCAAACCACAGCUUUAAUAGCGGGCAAAACAAAUUGGGAAGGGGAGCGUCCACACCAUCUCAAAAAGGGCCCUCCCGACUCCAGCGGUGGCCACCGUUUGAACAAAGGACGAGCGUGUGGGUGGUUAGCUGAGAGACAUCAUAGCGGUGGUGGUGAAGGUGAGAAGCUGGGGGCCAUUAAUCACCGACUGACAGCGUUACAACGUCCCCCCGCUGUUAUCUCGGGGGGUGGGGGGGGGGUACUGUACACUCGGUUGGCACCACAGCCCAGGGCGGGGGCGUAGUUAUAGUAGAGGGGAGGCUGGUUGUUUUGUAUGAUCAUGAUGCAGUUUUGCAGAAGGUGUUUUGAUGACUUGAUGGUGAGAUCAUGAGGACUCUGAAACCGUUUUGUUUUUUUUUUGUUGUUUUUUUCUCUUACAAGUAUUAUCAGAAGUAUCAGUAUGCAUGUUUGUGUGAGGAAGGCAGGGCGCCAGGAGAGACCUUUAAUUUGUGCAUGAUUUCAAAUCAUAGUGCUCGGGGGGGGUCGGGGGCGUUGGAGAAGCGGGAGAGAGAGGUGGGCGGCGGAGGUUAUGGGAUGUGACAGUAGUAAUGGGGGGGGGAGCAGGGUUUGGUCCAGUAGAAAGGGG